UUUGCAUCCGUAGGGCUGCCCCCGAGCGAUCUGACCACAUGCAAGAUGAUCCUCACGCAGUGCGCCGUCUGCGCUGCCCCACUGGGUUUAUCAUUGGGCAAGAAAUGCGGCCGCUGCAGCACGCGCUACUGUGGGCCUGAAUGCCAGGUGCAGCACUGGAAAGAGGGCGGUCAUGACCAGCUCUGCAAACCAAUGAAAAAGGCAGGCGGCGCCGAGCAAUACAACGCAAAUAAGAAGUACACGGAGGCCGUGACGGUCGCGGCGGAGGCGUGCGCGGAGGACACCAAGGGCCAGACGUGCUACAUCUGCACGCAAGCCGUCCACUGGAAAACGAAGGAGGGUCUCGUGCGCGGUUGCUCGUGCCGCGGCACGGCGGGCUUUGCGCACGUGUCGUGCUUGGCGGAGGAGGCGAAGGUUUUGAUGGACGAGGCCGAGGAGAACAAUUUGGGCUACGAUGCAAUGACUGAGAGGUGGAGGCGGAGGUACAAAUGCAGCCUUUGCGAGCAAGACUACCACGGCGUCGUGGCCUGCGCGCUCGGGUGGGCGUGCUGGAAGACGUACGUGGGGCGGCCGGAGACGGCCGAGCUUCGGAGCUUUGCGAUGAAGCUGCUUGGGCUCGGUUUAUGCGCUGCAAAGCACUACGCGGACGCGUUGUCCGUGCAAGAGGCUCAUUUGUCUUUGCUGCGGCGUAUUGGCGCGCCAGAAGACAGCAUUCUCGGCAUGCAGACCAAUCUUUCGAGUACGUAUGGCCAGCUUGGACGGGAUGAAGAGGCCCUGUCGAUGAAACGAGACGUAUACUCCGGACAUUUGAAGCUUUACGGCGCCCAAAAUAGACACACCUUCAUACCAGCCAACAACUACGCGACGUCCCUUAUUAGUCUCGAGCGCUUCGAAGAAGCCAAGGUGUUGCUGCGCAAAACGAUGCCCGUGGCGCGGCGCGUUCUCGGGGAGGGUUGUGAGGCCACGCUCAUAAUAAGGCUGAAUUACGCGAAGGCGUUCUACAGGGACACCGGCGCCACGCACGAUGAUCUCCGUGAAGCCGUGACCACGCUCGAGGAGCUAGAAACGACCGCGCGACGAGUGCUCGGAGGAUCAUAUCCGACCACAGUGACGAUCGAGGCGUCACUGCAAGACGCGCGCGCAGCCCUCCGCGCCCGCGAGGCGCCCGAAGUCCUCCAAACGGCCGACGACCUCGCCGCCCAUUUUGAUAGCUUGUAA